GAAACAUCAGCACGCUCUCUCCGCUACGAACCGGACCGCCGAAAUUCGUGACUAUACAUAUAUAUACCACUCAAUAUAUGUAUGUAUACACGCACAUACAUGAACACACACGAAACGAUAUUUGAAAAAGAAUUGUGCGCCUCGGAAUCCUGUCGUGCAUGAGAACGAUUCGUGUCCGGCUACUUCAACUACACGAAAACACUAGCACGGAUAUCUUCGAGCAUGAUCACACGUCCUUUUUCAUUUUUUAUUUUUAUUUUCAUUUUCGCCUUUCUGUCUGUAUCUGUGUUUCUCGUCCACGUUGUUUCGCGCUCUAUCCAUGGAAUAUCGGAAGUGAUCGUGGAACGUCCGUCGGAAUGGGAAGCUAGUUUCGCGAGACGAAUCGAGAGUGGUUGCCGAUCGAGAAAGUGAUAAGAAGACAAGAAAUGUUGAAAAGCAAGAAGAAUAAGAAGAGAAAGUCUAGGUUUGAGAGGAUACCGAGACUACGACAAGUUGUUAUUGUUUUAUAGUGUUUUUCUACUCUUUCGAUUGAACUUUUCCAACGACCAUCGUUCGAUCUCUCUUUGCCGAGAGGAGAGAAUGUUGUGACAAACCGCCACCCUAUUGGCUUCUACAACGGUGGCAAGCGUAAAGUGAUUUUACACCGUGCAAACAAACUUUGUUUCUCGAUCCACUUACGACCGACGCUUUGUUUGCCCGCGUAACAUUGAUAGCCCCGUCGAUCGUGAAUGAACCUUUUCCGCGCGAUCGACCGUGACUGAUCACCGCCGGUGAAAAAUUCACAUUUUUAAGCAACUCGGGAUAUCCAGCCUUUUUCUCCUUCUAUUUCAGUUCGUCGAGCUACCUGGAUACGCGUAUACCGUGGAGAUUUUCAAUUAUCCUCGUCUUUUUCGAAUUCAAUGGCUCGUCGAUUAUCUUUUUCUUCGGACCCGUGAUAGGUGUCUUCUUCAAAUUCGUUCAUCACCGACGAUUUAAAAGGUCGAUUACAGUUUUUCUUCGAUCUCUCUAUACCUGCCUUCGGCGAAUUCGUCUCAGCCUCUUCUCCGAACGAUUUAGAGGGUUCAGUUCUUUGGAGAUUAUUAAUUAAGCUUUUCCCUCUACCUCUCUUUAUCAAUCUCCAAAUGUUUGCAGUCUGCGAACAUUGAUUGCGCGGUUGCAACAGGUCCCGAAACGUUUCGAUCGUUAUCGUCUUAAUUGCGCUAAUUUCCUUCGCGAACGAUCGUAAUCGCGUAAGCUAUGUUCUAUCCAUUGUUUAUCAGCUUGACGUAUUAAAUGCACCCUCCCGAGCAACGUGUGUGACGGGUGAAAAAUAAGACGAGGAAGGAGAAGAAAGAGCGUGCUCAGAAAAUGAAUGUCUUCUCUGCGGCGGGAACUCGAUUUCCCGGCGAAACGACGAAAGUGUUAUGGAAGACACGGCAGUGACGGUGAAGAAAUUUCGAAAAAUUAUCCUUCGAACAUAGAACGACACGCUAACCCGUCGACAUCGCGAGAAGAAGUAAAAAGUUUGUGACUUUGUGCUCCGAAGCUGUUCUCGAGGAAAUUUAAUCGUCCGUGCAUCGUUUACGUUUCCAAGCCGUUUGCUUUCCACGGGACCGAUGGGCAGAGGCCUUGAAUUUUUCCUCGCUCAAACAGUUUCCCUGGAACUUGAAACAUUCCGAUCCUCGGAAACGCGUCAAACUCGUCGAUUCUUCCCCUAAAUACCAGAGACGAUCAAGAAUAAUCGAUUGAAAUCCUAAAAUCUGUGGCGUCGAUCAAUCUGUUCGAUCCACCUUCUGAUUGAUUUCAUCUGAAGAAAAAGUAAAUCGAGAGGGAAGUCACCCCUCGAAAAACACCGAUUGUUUAACGAACAAAAAAAGUUCGAAACACUCGGAGGGUGGUGAAAAAUCACAAAGAAUUCAAUUUCUUCCGUGCUUCGAACAGCAGGAAUUUUUCGCUACGAUUCGAUCGAAAUACUUGAUGAAUGUCUUAGCAACGUACGAACGCGGUAUUCUCGUCCAUUUUCCAGCUUUUUAUAUCCGCAGUCAGGAGGUUUCACAAUAUUACGAGCAUUCCUAUUCUUCGAAACAAUUCAAGCAGCUAUUGCUCGAUAAAGAGAAGAAUUCAAUUGCAUCAAUGCGAUUUUCACGGGGUUAACGACAUCGUUAUUGCCGGUACUUUUCGAUCGAGAAGGAACAGAGAAAAAUACGAGACACAGAAAUUGCUCGUCAAGAUUGAGCCGCUUGAUUCAAAUCGGAUUCGAUAGCGGAACGAUUCGAUUUCGAGGAAGCGUUGGAAAGGAUAUAAGAUACAGAAAGAAAUUCCGCUUCUUUAGAAUGGAAAUAUUUUCGAGGGUGCAACGAUUAUUGUAACACCCCUUGCUUGCUGGAAAUUGAACCGAACAAUCUGAAAAUCGAUAUAUCUACAUUGCACCGAUGGUCAAUGUAAGAGUGUUCUAAAAAUGGUCACGUAUUUCAGUGAAGUCGAACGAAUACGACAUCGAUGGUUCAUUUUUAUUUGCUGAAAAUACACACGAUUAUCCAGUGGGAGGGUUUAAAACUGGAAUCCUUUCGGUUCUUCAGAAAUAGAAAAAGAUUUUUAGGAUACGCUGACUUUAAUACCUAUCGAGAUAUUGUCGAAAGAAGAAUCGCGAGGAACGAUAUUCACGAAAGCCGAAUGGCAUUGCCGAGGGAAACGGUUGGUCGAUUUAAAAAAAGGAUCGUUCCGAUGGAUCCGAUUUGAUCCGGUCCUCGUAAAGAGAAGGUCGAAUCGAAAAUUGAAUCGAGAAAGAAAAUCCUAGAUCGAUCGAAACGAAAAUCUAGACACGAUGCAGUCCACUCGAAACGUCGACUUUCCUCGAAAGUUUGAAUAAAAAAGAAAUUCCUUCCCUCUUGAACGCCACGUAUCGAAUUCCAUCGAAUUCAAUCGAAGCAAACCUUUAUUCUCUAUCAUUGAUCACGGUCCAUAAGAUUUAAUUUCUGAAAGUCGAGCUGGAUACUGAUAACCACGAACUUGGAAUUUCAACCACCAGUGUGUACGUUCGUAACGCCGAUCGAAACAAUUUCGAGGAGAAUCGAAAAGGUGAUAAAACUAGCCGGGCAAACUGCUGUGUCUUAAAGCCGAAUCCUUCGAAGGGUUCGUACACCCCUGACCCGAUCCCCUAUAUCCGAACGGGUGCGAAACGAUCUCUUUGUAAUUACAAAACAGCUGUUUGAUAUUUUUUACGAAACUCGUCGACGUCAGAAACGUGAUUAGUUUCUUCGUACCCUUCGAUAGGAUCCGUGGAGAAACAAGAAGCAGGAAUGAUAAUCGCGGAGAAGUUUGUUAAUAGGGUUGUUUCUUCCCCGCGAAGGAGAUUCGAGACGAUCGCCAUUUCGAGAACUACCCGUUAAUUCCACUUGUCUCGUGUAAUCUGAUAGAUUAUCCGUCUGGGCAGUGAUUGCACGCAAACUACUUCCGGUUGGAGGAUUCGAAGGCCUGUUGCGCUUUUCUAUCAAUUACAAAGUUCUUAUAAAUACUCGUAAAUAUUUCUGGUAAAAGCAGGAAAGGUUCUUUCUUACAAAGCUUUCGAUCUAAAAUAGAAUAGGAAAUGAAUUGAAUUGAAUUUUCAAGAAGCGAGCGUAUUGUUUUCUUCCUGACCUGCGGAAAGAAAGAUAAAAGUAAAGUGGUGUCUCUGUAUUUCGCUGAUUCCCAAUGAUCGGAUUCUGUAUUCCACGUUUCUCUGUGUGUUACAACUUUUCUCUGUCUACGUCUUUCCAUUUUCACGUUCCCUUUCUUUUUCUCUCCCCUAACCCUCUUUCUUACUCUCCUUCUCGUUCACCUUUCCUCGCCCUACACUUCUCCGAGAUCUCUCGGUGUUUGGGUUAAAUCUAGGUUAAAUCUGGGUUAGGUUUGAGUUAGGUUUGCAUCAAGAUUCUAGCCUCCCUUCCGUUUUCACCUAAAUCAAGAGCACCUAUUCCAGUGUUCCUCUAUUUGUCUCCAUACUUUCAUCUAUUUGCCGCUAUGAACGAAUAUCAUGCUCCGCUUCGCUCGACGUGUCACGUUUCUGCUUCUAUUUGAUUGAAAUUUCCUAUUCGAUUACAGUUCCGCUCGAGCGAACAUUUUCGAUACUUUGCUUUAUCCGUGUGAAACGUAUCAAUAUUUUGUGGCCGGGUAAAGAUUCCUCGAAAAUUCAGGAUUAAUUGGAAGAAAAAUAGAAUUUUCGAGCGAGGAAAACAAAAACUGGCAAUUUCAAUGUAAUUAUCGCAACAAUUAAUCCUAAUUAAUACGCUUCGAUCGAAUGUAAUUUAAUCAAAUUCUAAUCUCGAUAUUUCGCAACGAAAAUAGCAGAGUAAUUUCAGCGAGCGAUUGGUAGUCAUGAAUUUCAAAAUACUACGGUGCAAUAAAAAUAAUAACGAACUUAAUUAUUGCGAUGCUGCAUCGGUAAACAGUUCGUUUGACUCACGCCUCGUUGCUCGCAGCCAUUCGAUGAAUUUGUUAUAACAAAUCGACGAAUAAACGUUGCAAUUGAUCGCGUCUUUCCACCGUUCAUUAUCGUUUCGAUAUCGAAUGUAUCUGCUUCAAACGGUUCAACAAUAUUCAUUUUAUCCAUCAGACGAUUCUAAAAUUUCACUUGCCAUUUCCACUGUUCAUCUUCGAUAUCAUCGAUAACAUUAAUUAUCAAUGUUAUCCAUUGUAGCAGGCGUCGGUGAUAAUUAGAAACAUAGAUAAUGGACGAGGAAAUUCGUGCUGCAUAGAGAAAAGCUUAGUCGUCGGGAUAAUUGUUUCGAGGAUGUAAUUUUCGAUUGAAAUUACGGCCGAAUCUCGGUCUAAUUUUCACGACCGCUAGAUUUCUCGAAUUCCACGCAGUCGGGGUUAAAUCGAUAGACCUUCGAUCGGUGUGAAAAGGACCUAACGCGAGCUAGCCAUUCAAGCUACCAACUAAAGCUCGCUGGUUACACACUGGUUCUCUCUACUCUAAUACCAAGUGCAAGCCGUUAUGUUGCUCGGGAUCGUACACCUCGAUCGGUGAUACCAUUGAGAGCUCUGUCAAUCGAGAACCCUCGGCAAAUCCUCUUUGUUUGCCUUUGUGUCGUUCACCGAUCGACAAUCUUUUUACCGCUCUGUUUACCCAUCCAAAGAUGAUUACACGUCCAACAAUUUCCUUACUAGCUCUCUUCCAGUAUCCAUUUUCACCGACAUCCCCUUGAAAAGAAGAGAUUUCAAUUCGCAGCACCGAGUAAAUAUUUCACAGAAUCGGCUGUUUUUAUAUCGUAUAAAAUUUUCCCGUGAUUUUUAUUUUAUUACCGUUCGCUCGUUGUUCAAUUUUUCGUUUUAAUUAUCGAACGUGUUACUUCGUAUUAUCAACGAAACAUUGGCGGUGAUUGGAGCGAAUACAUAACGCAGGCUGUUAUUGAAAUAUCGAUAAAAAGUCCAAAUAUCUGACGAACAAUGGAAAAUACAGACACGAAUUACUAUCUACGUUUCUUAUCGGUCGUUUUUCGAGCAUCGAACCGAUAUUUGCUACCCGUCUGCUCUUUCUUUCGUUGUGUAACAAAAAUAUCGAGAUACAGAACGAAACGAUGUCCCUUGUGUUCCGAUCGGUUGAAAUAUUGAUACUGCCAUCGCUACGAAUGUCUUUCAUUUUUCAUUCGAUUAAGCGACAAAAGGAAACGUGUAAUUUAUCGUCGACAAAAGCAGAAAUUUACCAGGGUUCGUCGGGAAUUUCGUAUUUCACCGCUACAAUAUCCUCUAUUCCCGGCUCUUUUUUCCUUCCUCUCUUUACUGUUCUCUCGUGAAACUCCAAUUGAACUCGUAAUCUCGCUCUCCCCUUUUUCUUAGGCUUUUAUGUACCUUUAACGACCUCUACGUGAUCCGUGUACUUUGCAAUGGGGGUGAGAGGUCAGAGCGCUCUGAAUCGGAGUAAUUUGCGCUCCUUGCAACGUUACACACCUAGAUCUCCAUUGAAUCAGGGUUGAUAUCCUUUUAAAACGAACCGGCCGAAUGCCGAGUCUUGUUAACGCGUUAAUUACCCAGCAUAAGGGACUUAAAUCGGACCCCCUCAGGUCAGUAUCGUAAUAGCGGAUCCACUGAUUCGACGAUCGAAAUGAAAAAGAAUGUAAAAUGAAAAUUGAAUUGUCGCUAUCUCAGCGUGCCACCGUUCGAGGGAUAAAAGGAAUCCUGGUAAUAGAGAUGUCGGUGGAGUGACAGAAGGGUAAUGGGUAAGGUAACCGACUACGGAUGCAAAAAUUCCGACUUCCAUUCCAGCUAUUUUUCUCGAGUUCUUAUAAGAAUAACAGCGAUGCUAUUAACGCGUUUAAUGACACGAGAGUAAUCAAAGUAACGUGUAAUUAAGCAGGUUUUAUAGAGCUAUUAAUUACACCAAGUCUGACCACUCAGGGUUAUUUUCACUGUGGCAAUCAACGUGUUAAGAAUUUAACCCCCACGACGCGACGGUCAUCGAUCCAGACGUUCAUUAAGUUCUCAAAUGACAGGAUGCAAACGUAUUACAGCUUUAAAUUAGAACGGUUAAUUAAGUAACUUUCGGUGUUGAGGUAGAAAAUGUUCUGAAUGAUUUAUCCUAGGAGGAGGAGUAAGCCGUUUAUCGGGAUUUUUAUCGAUAUCGCGAAAUCAGGAUUCAAUCAGUCCGUAAAUAGGAGUUGACGUUCACUCGCUCGAGUGCAUUCUACUUUUCAACCGAUCGUCCCGACGAGAAUUUCCACCGAUAACAGCGUAGCACGCGAAUCGAAUCGUUUACGAAUCAGCUGACGAAUUUCCCGAUGAUUCGUCGCCGUUCACUUUUUUCCUCGCCUCUUCUUCUCGUCAGAUCGCAAUCAGGAUAAACGGGAUUUAAUUACGACGGUCGGGUAGACCGGAACUCUUUCAUUAUCCAUUUUUUUUUCUCUCCGUUCUCGUCCAUCGGCCAACUACAUACGCGGCUACCUGGCUGUUCCUUCAUUUCUAGCACCUAUCCACCACGGAAAUUUGUUCCGUUUCGUUGGAACAAUUUUUCCAGCCGUAGAAACCGUGUCGUUAGCUCGAUUUUUCCUCCACGUUCGCGUGUACUAAAUCGUAUUCAUCGAAAGUUAACUCCCGCUCUCGUGAAACGGCAAUUCGAAGGCUCCUUUCCUCUCGUUGCAAAUUGCUUUCUGCAUUAUUAACGAAACGCUAAUGCUAUCCGGUUGUACAAAAUUAGAGGUGCUUGUCAACGGCUACCCCCUAUGGCAGUCGCCCUGUUAACAAUGGCCACGAUACUCGACUAGUCCAUUCCCAUGUCAUAUAUCUGCAUCAAUUUGCGGGGUGAUACACUUGUGCUCUCCAAAUGAACAAAUUAACAAUUCAAAGGUGAAUCGAACGAUCCAUUAAGAAUUAUACACGCGAUAUUAAAAAAAGAAACGAUCAGGGGAAGAUAAAACACACGAAUUUCGAGAGAAAAGAAAUUCUUUAAUUGAUCGCUGCCGCGUAACAAAUCUGAUGCGCGGCUUUGUUUUAACGACGGGACCGCGGAGAAUAAAAUGAUUUAUAUGCAAAACCACAUUACCGUUAAGCCAUGAAACAAAGGACCUCUGACCUUGCCGUACGUUCAAUUGCUCGUCGUUUAAUUAAACGACGCAAAGUUGGGUGAAAAUUAAACGGUGCGGUUUCGCUAGGCGGCUCACGGAAUCGAGAAUUUACCAUCUAUCGAAACUUUAUCUCCGACGUUACGUUUAAAGUUUGUCCUUUCGAGUACAUUAUUUAGAGGAUAAAAAAGAACGAUUACUUGUAGGAAUUCAUGAAACUUGGUGAUUGUUAGGAAGAGGAUUGAUGAACGCCUGUAACCGGACAGGCAACACGGAAACUAACGGCGGCUGACGCAGAUGGAUUGUUAUCGAAAUGUCCUCGUUGGGCUAAUUAUUUGCCUAUCAAUCGCAGGGUAAUCACCAACGUUCCGGAUCGAACGUCCGCUCUCCUCGUAAGCCGAUAUUACAGCUUCAACGUUGUAUCACCGUCACGAAUUAUCAGCUCCUCUUCUUUUCUACCAUCCACCUACCGGGCAUCGGUUAAUUAAUGAUCCUUAGAUGACCGAGUACUCUCGUAAAACACGUUUACGUACUUUUUCCCCGUCUGAAAAACAUCCUCUUCCGCAAUUUCGCAAAUCCGACGAGAACUUGGUAUCGAGGUUUUAAUAUUUAUUCGAAAGACAGGAGUUUCCCCGUUAAUGAUAUUAGAAAACUUUUCGGAUAUUUCCUUUAUUUUUCUAGGUGUAAUUUGAACCUGAAAGCCUGGAACUGCGUUAAACGGCAAAAGAGUCGUUUAAUUUGAUUAAAUUAUAUUAAGCUCUCAGCGACGUUGCGGUACUUUGACAAAACUUUCCGACGAUUCGUAGCUUAAUUAGCUCUGUGCAAAUAAGACGAGUCCACGAAGACGAUCCAACUUAAGCAACAGAGACAAUGUUCACCGCGAACUCUUGACCUCUACUUGUUUCAUUCGUCUUUCAAGCUCCUGUUUCGUUAUUAAAGUCAUCUACACACCGUCUGUCUAUCGUGAAAGGGUUUAGAAUUUUGGAAUAAAGCAGAGAAUCGCGAGUUUAAGGCAACGAUGGUAAUUUGUUAGCCAGUUCCAGCGAACAAACAUCGAGAAUGUUUAUAUAGGAAUAUGAAGCGAUAGGGACGCAGGAAAAUGUUCAGAAAAGCUUGCGAACGAGGAUAUUCAUUGUUCCGAUUUCUGCCCCGCAGCAUUCUCCUUCAGUUAUUCAAUUACUCGUGAAAUUCUGUCGAAUCGUGGUGUUGCUGGUAAAAUGGGUGGAAAGAACAGUAAGCGAGUUGGUUAAUUCAGUAGGGCCCUUAAUUCUACAUAGUAGCUCGUCGAUGGACUGACCGAACGGCAGCUAACGAGUCUCUGUACCGUGGAAAUUUCCCUUGGACUUUCUUCUCACCUACGCCCUCUUUGCAUGCCUAUUAACUCGCUUUAAAACUUAAUUCGAUCAACCUUCAACCGAAUCCGUAAUAAGCGGCCUGUGUCGUUCCCUUUGUCGGAGGACAACUGAACUUCUCCCUUUUUUUUUCACCCUAACGAUUCUCCUUCUAAUAACUCCGAGCUUCCAUCUCUAGAUAAAGAAAAGAAUCUAUUACAACCUUAUUUUUCUCGCCAGUCAACUGUAUACAACUUGCCCGGAGCAGGGUAAAAAUAAUUGCAAAGUUUCUCAACGUGCACAGCGGACGAAGGUUGACUUUUGCAUCCGAGAUAAGCCAGAACCGGUGGUGAUUGCGAUAUUCGGUGGAAGAAUAUAUUAAUAUUUGAAAAACAGGAGAAGCUGAGUUACCCGUGGAAACGGUUUGUAAUUAAAACGUUACGCUGAGAAAUAAACGAGACGCGACUGAUAACGAAUUCGAUCAGCGUAGCGGAAAUACUCGGUGCAAGAAGUGUUGAAAACAAAGCUUAUUCCUCAGGCGUCAGUUGUGAAAUUUGAAUUAAAACGAAUCUGGCUUGUAAAUAAACGGUGAAUCGCUACGUUUAUUCGAGUCGUUUCCCUUCGAAAAGAUUAAUGGAACGAAAGUUUCAUAGUUUCUGAAGCGAAGGUAAUUAUUCUAUCGACAAAUCUAUAUCGAAAGAAGGAAUAGACGUUUCGCGUGUGAUAAACGUGUUCAAUUUAAAGGACCUUAUGAAUUCUACUCGCAGACUCCAUUAACGAGAUUAUCUGCCGGAAUUGUAGCAUCCUAGCUAAGCUACCAUUUCCAUCGAACCGUCCUUGUUUCUUUAAUUCAAACUUUACCCUAUAAAUCGAGAAAGUUACACGACCACCACCAUUAUCACGUCCCAGUGGUGUUAUUUAUUUAUUUCUAUUAAAUAACCCUUCGAGUUCAACACGUGGAGUUACUAUCAUUUCCAUAUUCUCAAGUUUUCCUCCAUAAAUCAAGAAACAUGUACGGCCCAAUUUAUUUACUUCUAUUAAACGACCUUACAAAUUCUGGUAUUAUGAAACAGAUUUAUGGGGUCGAGUCGUCACCGUUUGCACGAUAGCACUUUUCUCUCCUUAUCUCCAACUAUCCUCUAUAAAUCUCGAUAGAUACACGGCUACCUUCGACAGGUUCCAAUCGUAUUUCCUUCGAGUGUCGUCUAGAUACCCGGACAAAUCGUCUGAUCAAAACAAUAACAAGCAUGGAAGAAGCUGAAAAUUCGAGGGAAACGGCACAGGGGCAUUCCUUUUUCUAAUGUUCUUUCCAUCUCUCAUCAGAAUCGUUUUGUAGAUUGAAAUUACGUAGUGGUCGGUCGAUGGAGCAAGCUUGAAAAUCGCUCGGUUCAAACUUUACGAGUUGAAACAGGGAACAGCCAUAUUUCGUGGUCGUUAUGGCACCGGGGUGGAGAUGACAUCACGGAAAGCUGUGCUCUCUCGCAAAUCGAAUGGUAAUUAGAUCGGAAUGCAAAUUGCACGUGUGGUCCCGCGAAAUAUUGCGAUGAAACGCGCGUUAACAUAAUUUAUCCUAGUCCACAGCCGCCUCUCUUUUCUCCACGUCCAUUAAUUACAUCAUCAAAGAUAAACAGCCCGAGGACCGUUACGAUUUACCAAACCGUAUCACACCGUGCCCUUUCGUAUAAUGGUAAACGCGAUACAAACACGAUCCAUCGGCUAAAAUUCAAUUUAUUCCGUAAAAUUUUCUUACCGCGAAUAAUCCUUUUAUUCGUUAAAAGUUCGACCAUUAGGGUCUACGUGUUGUUUGAAGUUUCCAAAGUGUUCACGUGGGAUAAAGUUGAAGAAAAAAAAAAAUGAAACUCGCGUCUGCGGCCCGUACGAGCCUUUUAGUAAUAUGCAAUAAGCUUAUCUCACCCUUCCACCCAAUUUUAAAGUAGAAAGUGUUUUAAGGCUUGCAGCACACCUGUUUUAAAAUUCCAUUUUACGCGUGUUGCAAUAUCGGCUUCCUUUAUAAAUUCAAUUCGGUAAUACUUCGGGGUGUACUAGCAAAGAUUUUUAUGGCUUCUGAAAAAUUAUCCCCCUGGAAUUUCUUCGAUCGAAUAUGUUAAUUAAGAGGGAUUUAAUUUGAUUAGAAUGAACGUUGUACCGUGAUAUACUUGUUACGAUAUUCGACGGGAUAUUCUAGCCAAGAUAAAUUGUUCCUUUAAAAGAUAAUCGUUUAUAGGAACGGUGGAAGACUAAUAAACUGACGCGAAAUCAGUAUCGCACCGACAACGAAUACUGAAGCGAGCGUAAAAUUCCGUGGAUAAAGCUUAGAAUAUCGGCCAUCGUCGGAGAUAAUACCAUAGGAUGUUAUCUUUUAUGAUUAAGACAAACGUUGGAAAGUUACGGCUUUAGGAGAUAGUUAAAAUAUUAUCUGAAACUGGAGGCAUCCGGCUGCUAAAUUGCUCGAGAUUGCUCCCUGAAUUUUCGUGAUAAUCAAGAAGCAACCUGAAUCUUUCGUGUAAUCUUUAAGUUAUCUCGUUUCUUCAGAGGCAUCGAUGAAACGUGUCGAUACUUCAUUCUUCAUUCGGGAGAUUCUCUCCAAGGAAAUCAUCUUCCCGCUGAAAAUGCUUACGCGGUGAAUCGCUUUACACGAACGGAGAACAACGGAAUCGAAUAGAUGUUCGAAAUUUGCCUUUCGAAUUGAUCUCACGAAAUUUCCACUCGAUUUCCACUGGCGGAGCACUCUUGGCUUUCGAAUAUCGUUUUACUGUCAUUGCCGAACAGAAGAAGACGCGAUCUUAAAUCAACAAAUUAUAAAACAAACAAAUAAUCUAUAUUAACGUAGGUAUAUCAACAGAUUUUUCCUUACUUAAGGAAAGAGGCUCAGAGAUAUAAAGGAGUUUCUGCCAAGUUCCAAAGCUUUCCAUUAUGAAAGGAAGCUCUUAAGGAGGACUAUUAAAAAUUACUAAAAGCCGUCGAAAGUUUUAGUACACGGUAGGAAAAGGACCACGGUGUAAGUGGUAGGGUCUCGGUGUGUACGGCGAACCGUAAUUUCGCAUUCUUGCCACGAACAGAGAAGAAAAUUAAUAUCAGUCACCGCAACCAGACCUUCGACAUGAUAAAUGCUCGAGAUUCGUGUCCUCCCGUUUUGUUUUGCGUUACGAAAUGUCUUCGUGCACGAUUUAUUACCUGCCCUGUUUUUUUUCCAACCCCCAAACACCGCGACGAGAUUUACAAAGGAAAAAAAAAAAGAAGAACGAAGUAGAAAAAGAAAAGGGUGAGCGAAAAAACGCAAUGUCGCAAUGUCGCGUCGCAUCGUGGUAGCUUAUAAUUAAAACGCUUAAUUGGAAAAAAUCACGAACAGGCUUGUUAAUAAUCUCGCAACAAGCUGCUGCGUUGCAACGAGAAUAUAAACGAGAAUUCGCUAGUGACACGACGCCUGUUUUUGCUAAUUAAAAUGAAAUUAAAAUUUUCGAAUAAACAGAAACAACGACGUAAACGCGGUGGAGAUCUAAUUAAAGUCUCGUUAACGAGAAACUGAUCGUUUCGCGGUAAAUUGUCUCAUUAAACGUAGUCGCGAAAACUUUCUAUUCUUACAGAAUAUUUUUCCACUAACCCUCUCUAUCAUCUCCUCGAAGUAGAAUAAAUUUGUUCGGAUCUAAAGGUGAAAGAAGAAAGAACGGCGAACCGUUGGAAAGACGAGAUCCGUGCAUUUUCUAUCCCCCAUUCAGUUUUCUCAGCUAAUUUUCCAGCUCGUUGACCUUCUCUACCGUAAAUGACGUAUCGUCGGGGUGGUUCGAACGAGCAGGACAGCCACUUCAUUACUUUCUGCAAUCGAAACGCGCGAAUCUAUCGUUCCGUCCCGGCCCGUCGUACAAUUCCGUGGCAGCUGCACGAAAUCGUGCUGGAAAAUGAAUUUUAUUCCGGCCAGGAAUAUAAACAGCCACCGUUCGACAUCGAUUAUCGAGAAUUUUUCGACGUUACCAGGUUUAGAAGCAGUCACGAACCCGUGUUCGGUCGGUCCCGUUUGAUUUACGAGCCACGAUAAUUCGCAGACCGAAAAUUCUCCUACUGUUGCCGAAUAAAUUUCUUCUUUUCAUUUUCAAUUUUAUUUACGACAAUUCCGACCGUACAUUUCUCUUUCACCAUCGUCGCCUUUCUUCCUUUGUUUUUAUUUUUUUCGUUAUUUCACCAAAUGAAAUUCCUGAUCCCCUUGGAAUCGCUAUCUUUCAUGGCUUUCCACCGCGAAAAAUCGCAUGCAUUCGCCCGCUUUUGUCUAUCAUUCUUUCCUUACCCUCUAUCGACAUCCAUUAUUCAUUGUUCGACGUGUACGUGUACAACAUACUCGAGACGAAAGAACGCUCUGUAUCCUAUCAUUAAAUAUAAAUCGAACUUGGUAAACUCUCGAUUAAAUCGCUUCAUCGAAGACGUUCACCGGUAAUGUUUCAAGGAUCACCGCGUCCGGAGAGAUUUUACAAACCGAGCUUAACCGGAUCAUCCGAUCGAAAACGUUCCGACCAUUACAAUGAAAAAAUUUUUAAUUAACGCGUCGAUUGGCAUCGCUCUCCAAAAGGCCGAACAAAUAAUAAAUGCUUCGUUCGCACCUUUUAUCGAAACGAACAAUCGUUCUCUCGCAGUUCAUUCUCUGCCAAUAAAAAUCAUCUCUCUUUUUUUUUUUUUUUUAUAUAUAUAUAUUUCACGCCAGUGUUGUCUAUUUUUGCGUUAUUUUCGUCUAUUAAAAAAGAAUUGCCGCGUUCCUGUGAAUACGCGGAACAAUGUCCCUUUGUUUAUUUUCAACGUCACCGGUGGUACGCGUUUUGCCGAAUAAACAACGACCAGAGGAAAUCUAAUUUUCGACCGAACUUUAAAACUUAGCCUUUCGGGGCUCGUUUAUUUAUUCGACCCUUCACGACCACCAUCCGAUUCGCCCAGACAAUUUUAUACCGCGCUCCUCUUCUCUCAUUGUUCGCUGAAACUUUACCCGGAUUCUGCUUUUUAUCAAACGCAAUUUGCAAUUCGCAACAUUCCGCCUUGCCCUUAUUAUACCGCUCAGCUAUUUCUAUUCCGUCCUACUUUCGAAUCGGUCCACUUUCAAAAUAUAAAAGCGAAGCUUGCGAUCCCGUUCGUCCGUUUUUAAUGAGACGUUUAAAUAUCCGCUCUGCAAUUGCGAUAUUUUCGAGUCUACUUUGCGCGUAGAAGGUAGAGCAAAUAAUAAUUGCUUGGUAUUUGUACACUGGUAAAUCUACCAGUCGGACGAAUUAAUCUAUCUUUCACUCGCUUUACGAAGCGAAUGUAAACUUUAAACAUUCGGUGCAUCUCGUUUGAUGAAGAUUUUUACAGACUCGUUUGCAGAAGAAGAAAUUGCGGUGCGGUUGUUUUCGAAAGGAAAUUACUUUUCCAUUCGGUCCUGUAUAGCAGAAUUUCUUCUGAAUUGAAGAGCAAAUUGCUUUUAAGUCUCGUUUGAAUAGCUACAAUACUACUGUUUUAAUUCGUUAACAAAGUCGUUCGACGAGUAAGUACUUGACCGAGAAUGCAAAUAUAACAGUGAACUGGUUAUUCUGCAGUUCAGGAUAAUAAUAAAUGUCUCUCUACGGUAUCUACUGUUCUUUCCGUUUUGCAUCCGUGCUGCGAUAAGCAGUCGGAAACGAUGCUCGUGGAAAUCGUGAUAAAACUGCGAUUCGAUUGGAACCUCGUUAAACCGAAAUACACCGUAGGACUUGGAUUAUACACGGUUUAUCCGAACGAAUAAUCGAUCGAAGAUUAAUCGACGCACGUAUGGUUAACUUUUACAUUCGUAGGAAAUGGAAUCGUUUCGAUCGGCGGAUAUAUUUGAUUACCCGCUCGUUCUGUAACCAAUUAAUAUGGAUAAUCUAUAAUACGUGGAACGAAUGUACAGACAAAUGGAUGAAAUAGAUUCGAAAGCAGAUUUCGUUUUACGGCAUCCCUUUCGAUUUACUUUUCAUCCCCCAAUUUUUUUAUAUACAUUCACCCGUACAAUUGGAAACACGAUUUUAGUAUUACCAUUCUGCUCUCCCAUUUUUCAUAAAGAUCGAUCGAUAGCUUUAUCGAAAUCGCUCGGAAUCGGAUUACCCUGUCGAAAAGCCACGAAAUCGAAAUGAAUUCCAUGGGUAAGCGCGGUGAUUUUUGGAGAUCAGAAUAUUGUUCCCGAGGGAUCCUCGUUGCUGCAAAGUCGCGCUUGAACUCGUUCGUUCCUCGAAAAAAGCUUUCUCUUCCAUUUUUUUUUUAUUAUCAUCUUAUCGCGCAAAAGUUAGGUAGAACAACGCCCACGGAGCUCCCAGAGAUUCUGGAUCAUGGCAAUUCGUGAUUCAAGCUGUUUCUCUCGGUCCUGACACAAAGUCGACACCCUACCCUUAGCAACUUUAAAAUCCAACGAAUAAAAGAAAAAAGAAGAAAUGAAAGCGAAACGGAGAUAUUAUAUAGCGCUACCAGUGCGUUGAAGACACAAAGUGGUAAACAAUAUUGUAAUUAACUGUCAGAAAGGUUUUAUCGACAUCCGAAAUUCCAUUAUUACGGCCCGCGGAGGGGAAUUGCGUUCUGGCUCGAUUGGAAAUGGAUAUGGGAGCUCUAGUACCCUCUGGUGCGACAAGUUCGCGCGUACCAUCCUACCCCAAUGGGACAAACACCUGCAUGAAUAAAGAUAAGCAUACCUUCCAGCCGAGAAAUUAUCUACGACCUCGUCACCGUUUUUCAUCCGCCUAUUCCCUCUUUCACCUGUUCUUCUAUUAUUCCUAAUAACACUCGAUACCGCGUCUCGUCGAUCAAUCAUUGCGGCUCCGAGAAGAAAAGCUUCCAAUGUUUGAUGAAAUUCGUUACCCGAUCCAUUAUUUCGCCCCGUCUCUAUACUCCCAUAAAUUUUCUCAUUAUUAAACCCCAACAUUCUCAUCCGACAUUAUACAUUCGUAAAAUUUAACGACGGUAUCUAUCGCGAAAUAUCACGCGUUUCAAUCUUAUUACAGGCUAUUUGCCUGGUUAUCGGACCAUUGGAUUUCGAAAACGACGCCAUUGCGAGCCUCCCUCCGUCACGUCUACUUGUAAUCAGAACGCAAGACGAUCGAUCUUGGCAACGUAAUUAACACCGUCGAUUGCGUUCCCAGAUACAUUCGGGCCAAGAAGACAACACGCACGAAAUUUCUCCCAUAUUCUCUGUUAAAACUAAUUCUAAGAUUUCCUCGACAACUUUCGACAUCAAUUUUCCAAGCUCGAUAUCCUGGCGAUGCAUAGGAGAAGUUGGACCGCAACUGCCGCGGCUUAUUCUGUUUCGUACUUCGUCCUCCUAACUUUCCUUGGUUAGAUUGAAUUUAUAUAGUAACCCUAGUCCGACAGACGUCGUCACGUUCUAACGAAAAUGGAAACCCUCGCUCCGUAGCUUUCUUCGACAGACUAAUUGGAAAAAGGGUGGUUCGAUAUCUGCGAAGUUCGAUCGAGGACUUAUUAAUUAACUCGGACUUGUUUUUCCACCAUUACCAAUUCGAAUCUGAAUAGUGUCAAACCAAGAAUUUAAUUUAUCGUUAACCCGUAGCUCUGUAAUCGUAUAAAUCACAGACCACGAGAGUUUUCCUACAGAAGAGACCGUAAUCGUCGGGUAAACCGCCUCGUCUAUUUAAUUUCAUUCAUUAUACCAUCGAAACCGACGAACGUUUCAACACAGCCGCAGGAUAUUCGAAGAUUAUAGUUUGCAAACCUGACAAACAGACCGCUCCGAUAAUUGACCAUCGAAGGUUAAAUAAUUCCCUGUACAUAAAACAAUUUAUACCGCGGUGAUGAUAAUUAUAUUAAUCACGGGAAGAGAGCCAGAAAGAACGGAUGGACGAAUGAAUUCCCUUUAAAUAGGAUACACGCGGAAAAUUACAAGCUUCAAGUUUUGGAAAGUACAAAAAGCUUAUUUUGCUUGCGAAUAAUGAAACAGAGACAGUAUUCCGUUGCGGGCUAUUUUCUCUGUAACCUGCACAGAGAAAACAUCAGCUUCCAACUCGGCAAGAAUUCUUUUUUUCUUUUUAAUAAACUCCAUUUACACGAUACUGUUCGGUACAUACGGAGCUUUGUACAUAAAGGUAUUUGAACAGCGGCGUAUACUCGCGAGUAAAAUAAGUGAACUGUACGUUUCGAAGAAUCGUUACCGUGGAAAAGUGGAAAAGAUAGAAAUUGAGCGUGAAUGGAAAAUAAGAGGCAGGGAAACAAGGCACCCCACCGGUUCGAUUGUAUGUAUAUUUGCAAGUGUCCGUGCAUUAUCGGUGUAUCGAUUUUAAGCAUGGCGAACGGCUUCGAUAAAAAUAUCGGGAAUUCAGGCUGAAGCAAGGGACUGGAAAAACCGAAAAUAGGCGACGAUGGUUGUUGUAACGACGUCGCUGCAACCACCAUCUAUACUCUUACACCAUCGGAUGGAAAGCUUAAAAGCUAUGCACACCUUGCUUUCUAUUCAAUCUACGCGAAAGCAUCUUCCCAUCGCGACAUAUUUGAAGAAAAAAAACCAAGAGAAACGAUAUCCAAAGAUAGGUUCAAUAUUUCACUCGGAACAUCGAUAUGAAAAAUGGCAGCAACUUAUGGGAUCUAAUAUUCAAUGAAUUCGCACAAUGUUUGAACGAAAUCAAACGAGAACCGACGGAGUUUAUUGUAGAAAAUUUCAUAAAACUCGUGUGUAAAUUUACUUUGAUGCUGAGAGUAAUUAAUACAAGCAUAGUUGAAGCGAAUUGAAAACGAUCGGUGUAAAGUAACGUUUCAUCUUUGGGUUGCACGGGUUUUCGCCAGAGGCAGUUGUAUUAGAACAAAGUUUUAAUUAGAAAGUCCAUUGUCCAAACGUUGUCGACUCCGAUCAUUUUCAUAUUCCGGAAGCAUUCGUGUAGCUGCGUGUAUAAUGCAACUUUGCUGGCGCAAUUACUCCGGAACGAUAAUAGUCUUGGUAUUACUUGUAAAUUUCGAGAAGCCGCAUUCCAAACCGACGGAACAUCCACGAAAUUCUAAUAUAAAUUCCGUACUCUAGCCCCGAAAAAUCGUACGCCUACGAAUCGCAUCGAAGUAACGCAAUAACGUACGAUUUAUUUGCAAACUUUCCAUUUUCCUUUAUUUGCUAUAUCCUCUAACGAAAGUAAUGGUUGUUGCGUGAUCGAGGGAUGAAUAUUUAAACGGGAGGGAAAUAUAGAAGGCAACAGUUCCGUCGAGUGCAUCGAGAAAUAAUUCACUCGAUCGACUCGAGGGUUGUUUUAACUAUCGGAGAAUUGGCAAAUGCAACAACGCGUAGCUAUCUGUGUUUGGUCGCGAUGCAUGCAUAAUGGAUACGCGAUGCAUACGAUGCUUUAUCUAUCUGUGGCCACUGCUUCGGUCAAUGCCUGGCAUUGCUCGAUAUACUAAUCCGAAUACACUUGGCCAAAUUUUCAAUACCCGUUACCUCUAAAAUGUUUCGCGAUACACCGAAUUACACAAUAUUUCAGGAACAAUCCGUGUUUAUUUAACUUUUCAAUUGACCAACUGAGGAAAAUAAUAAUAAAAUCAGAACUUAUCGUUAUACGUGCAACCCUGAAAUUCCGCUACUGGCGGAACAGUCCGUUUGCACAAAUUCACACUUACAAUAGCCCGAUUAUACGGCAUGUUACUUGCCGCGACGGAUUAAUGCACCAGACAUUCGAUGCACCCUGCCACGUUGCACUAUGACGUUCGCGUAUGCACCAUCCUCGUAGGAUGUUCAAGUGCUCCUGUCAGUUAGACACCAGGAAUACACUAAUUAAUUCGAGAGCAUCCCUUUGCGAGCUGUUAUCAACGUUCGUUUGAUUUUCGAAUAACCCCUUAACGAUCCGUUCAGAUUCAACUACGAAAGGAUUACUAAUUGAAAGAAUCCUAUAUCCAGAGGGAAAGGUUGUUCGUGCUAAAAUAAAAUUUCCGCUUCGUUCCAAUUCUUAAAUGUCAUAUCUUCCUCGAAACGAAAUUAAUUUCGGCAAGUUUUUAUAGACGACGCUUAGUACGAUGACACGAGGACUCAAAGCGGAGUUCAUUAAUAUAUAAACGCGCACUGCAGACUUUGCCAUUGCUCGAAGGGUAUAAUGCUUGAAUAAAUGAAGAGUCGAGCAAACAGGGCCGAAAUAUCGAAGUUUCAAUGGGCUUUCCGCAAGUGCACUAUAUUCUUGCCCGCUUUCGAACAUUGUCAAUUCAUCAAAAGGCACUGGGACUUUCUAUUAACGAGAAACCUAGUAGAUUCACGCUUUUAAGCUUUCCGUUGUUUUUGCGAUGUUCGUUCGAUCAAGCGUAAAUGAGAUACUUGAAAAUUAGUUUGAUUCGGUAUCCCCUUGCGCGAGGAACGUCGAAGCGAUUCGACGAAGCUGCAAACAAAGUUGUUGGUAAUCCGAUUUCGUUUUGACAGAGAAUUCAGUGAACGGAUUAACGGGAAUUUACUCUCUCUCUGGCUGAUUAGAAUUUACGAUUUAUCCCCGCUUUAACUUCACCUCUGCCGUAAGCUUGAAAAAUUAGAAUUUUCUUAGAAAACACGCGUACGAGUUAAUUAGCGGCGAUCAGACGAGAAAGAGUGUGUUCUUCUCCUGAUGAAUGAACAGCUAAUUUUAAGGUGUUUGCACCCUGUUCGUUAGCUUUCGCGGUUACCUUGUUAUCGUGGAUUCUAGUUGUAGAGAAAUUAUUGUCUGCAAAUGACGUACCAACAUGCUAUAACAACUGGCUUAAUAGCAAUCAAACUGUUAAAACCAGUGUAUGUAUAUCAUAGAAACGAAAUUUUCAAAUCGUUUAUACAACGAGGGUAACCAAAGCACACUGUACACGGUAAGAAGAUUAUGUUUUAGAGAAAUAGUAAUCGUUCGUACCCGCUGACCGAGCAAUUCAAUUUUCACCGAACCGUCUCGAUGUAAUGAGAGUUCGAUAGAACUUUGAUCGGAAGCUUUCUCCGCGAGUAAUAAUAUUAAUUGUUCAGCGGGCGCAUCGAUCGUUGCGAAAGUUUCUCCGUUCGAAACCUUGCCGCUUCUUUGCCUCCCAUUUCCCCAUCGGUUAUAACGCGUUUUCCUUCGCCUUCGUAUCGCCAUUUAAAAAUAAACUUUCGACGAUUAUCAGAAACAACCGACUCGACGCGACACCGCGUUCUCCCAGCUGAGAACCAAUCCACCCGAUCCACUUGCGCGCGUUAAUUAAAGAAUUUUAAUUAUCACUCGUUUCAACGUCGCCGAGAUCUUAAUUAAAAGAACUUUUCAACGUUACACGCUCGAAAAGGGUGCGAGCCUGCUUGCGCCCUAUUCGAUUUAAUGUUUAAUAAUCUCUAUACAGGGUGAAAAAAUGAAAGAAAUUAUUAAACCUACCUCUGAUUGAUUGAUCUUUUCUACGUAUUCUGUAGCUGUUCGGCGAUUCAUUUUCUAAAGUACUUCUAUAACUAGAUUGCAACGGAUACCGGAAAUUCUGGUGGAUCCGUAUUAGAUUGGUGAACUAAAUUCGCGAUGGUAAAAAUAUCUUUCGUAUUCAGAAUUUUGUUUAACUUUAUAUUACUCGCAUAAAGUUCACGUUUAAUCCUGAAAAAUAUACUUAAUUUUUCCGCGGAGUUACUUUGAUUCGAUUAAACCUGGCGCGUACGUGGAAAAAUUGCACCGGGAAUAUUCAUGCAAAGUCGGAGAGAGGAUGGAGAAGCGUAAGAGGAUUGUAGCACGCUAGUAUACUGCAAAAACUUCGUUUUCCCCGAUCUUCUUUAAGUUACAAAUUCGUUCCAUCAGCCGUCGCGCGACAAAAUUUACUUUCUUCCUUCACCGACCUCCGAUUGGAUUAAAAGUGCACCAAGUAAAUCGAUGCAAAUUGUUGCCGCAUCUUUUUACUAUUUUUCAAGCUUAACGACUAAUCUACCGGCGUUCGUUCGCGUAGGUGUAACAUUUAUAAAAUUAUCCCUCGUCUCUGUCGACUUGAUUCAUCUGUUACUCGAGGGAAACCGAACAAUAGAAUAUUAAUGAAAUCCAGUUAGCCCGUGUCGGUGGUAAAAUUACAUUUCCGACAAAUAUAAGCAACGUCGUAUCGUCGAGAUCCAAGCACAACCUUCCCUCGUCAUGUUCAACGAACGAAAUUAACAAUCGUCAUCGUGGAAAUUCCAGCUUUUCCCCGUAUAACAUCUGCCUCUUCCCUCGAUUCUGCAACCGGAAGCGAAGAGAACGGAUUUCAGUCGGAAGACCUGCCGACGGAAAUUGCUUUCUCGUUACAACACCAAGGAAACUGGCAAUAAACUACCCGGCAUGUGCCACGAAUUUACUUGACAAUGCUCCUCAAUUUUCCCAAUGAAACCGAGCAACCCUGACAGACGCGUAAAUUUCUCUAUCUAUCGUUCGAAUUUCCCUCGACUGUCUUACGUUUCACCGAAAACUGUUUGCCUCGGCAAUAAUUUAUAGAUUCGGCUUAUCUCGGGAAUACUACCACUGAGAAUCGCUCCAAUCUACCUGUUGACUCAUUUUCUAAAGAAUAAGAUGCGUUCUCGCGAAUUCCAGCGAAUUCCAAAUACAAAAAUUUCAUUCCGCGGAAUUCGAAUGCGAACGUGUGGAAAAGUUAGUGGAUGAUCGAAUCACGGUGUCAUUAAGAGUGUCUAUUCAAAAGAAGUCUCGACGAAGACUUUGAAGUUAUCGGGCAGAUAAGAAAGACUCGGUUUUGAAUGGCGAACGAGUGGCUUGCCCCGAGGAUGAAACGGAAAAUUACAUUUUUCGCGCAGGAUGGAAACGACUCCGAUAAGGGGAUGCUGAAGACGUUCUUGUCGAGGAAAAACUUUUCCGUUCCUUAUGGGAACCGUGACAAACUGUAACAGCAAAUAAGCGAGUUGCUUCGAAAGAAAUCCGAAACACUCAUUUUUCGUUUCUAAGAGAAUAGGGAAAAGGGAGAAAAAAGAAAGAAUCUGUACACGCAAUGUUAAACGUUGAACGCAGGUUAUGCUAGCCGGGGUAUGACCUCAGGUGCACCUGCAGGUAGGAGACGUUGGCAUAUCGACCAAUGCCCUGCUCUCGAUGACCUCCAUCUACCCUAGCUUCUCAUACUAAUUUAUUUCCACUAUUUUCGGCUAGAAAUCCGUUCCUCUUAAAUUUAUUAGACACCGAUCGAAAGCUCGUUGCGAAAUACAGACACUCUUCCGCGCGUGUAAUUUCAUUAAAAUUCAUUCUCCCUUCUGAUAAUACUUGACUUUCUUUCGCAUCAAUUAAUUAACGUUACGGGCGAAAUGUUUGAAAUUCAAUUAAAACCCCACGCAAGAUUAUCAUUGGAAACAAUGGAAAUAAAAUCGUUUACAUUAAAAUUCCCUUUACAUAGAGGGAACACAAAUAUAAUUUACAUCAACGCAAACAGCCGGCAUCGGUUAAUGGAUAUUUGACCGGAAUCGAUGUUGACGCGGAAUACGAAUGAAAUCCUCGAUAAGGUUCGAUCUCUUAUCUCUUGGAAAAAUAACUAAUGAAAAAUAGGGAAAUCGUAUAAACGUUCGAAAUUGCACGAUAACCACGAAUUGCUGGGAUAUUAUUUUUUAAUAAAACCCAGCGAACGUAUUAAUAACAGUUGAAAGAGAAUUAAAAUUAAAACCCGGUCUACCGUUCGUCUUUCGAGCGUGGCUGAAAUAACGUUCCAAUUCCGUCGGAAAUCAAUUUCAGAGUGCCGAUAACAAGAACGUAAUAGUAUAAUAACGAUAAAUUUACGGUUAAUCCCUGUAUUACGAGAUUAAGAGCAACGAGACAUCGAGGCACGCGCUUAACAGCCGACAGCUUUAUUAUCGACUCGUCGAAGCCUUUUAUAUCCGCCGUAUCACUUUAUUGUCAUCGCGGAUUCGUCCUUUGCUUUCGAAGACUGAACGUUAAGUGUAACGAGACGAACGAAAAGAAACCUUGGGAGAAAAAGGGAAAAGGCGAACUGCCUUAGGACGAUGGGUGUUUAACGAGCAGCAGAAUCGCUUGUUACACUACCUCUGCCAUGACAAACGAGCCCGUUAAUGCUCUAAUUAGCCCGGACAUGCGCCCUUACACCCUCGAAUCUCUUGAAUUCACUGAACAGAUUCCACGUUAUCGAGUGUAAUAGGCGACCAAACCGUUCCUAGUUACUACCAAAAUAUCUACUAUCAAGGAACACAUAGUCUACUCGAGAGGAGUAGAGGAUAGCCUACCUAGCUAACCAACUACCGCCACCACCGCAGCCAAUACACUCUGAACAGCUUGCUUACCAUGUUACACGCCUUAUCAGCAGUACGUUCGAUCGAGAUACGAAACACCGCUUACGAAAUUUACGGAACCCAAGUGUCGUCAAUUAAAUCGCUUCGAUCGAACGAACAAGCUAUUAGCACGUUUUUUUGCAAAUAUUACAAGACGAUGUACUUUGUUUCGAAACAAUCGUCUUUCUGUAACGUUAUCGGGAAAAUUUACCAGCGCAAAGCAUUUUUAUCCCGACAUCGAGUUAAGCGGGUAAGUAAUUUCAUCCAAAAGUCCGGAAUUUUAUUACGUCCUCGCUUGUUCAACGAAUUACAACGAUACGAAAGUUAUCGAGGAAGAUAAUUAAACAGAACGAAAGUUUUUCUUUCUUUUUAAACGAGAUCCGUUUAAUUACGUUGCAACAUCCGAAUCAUCGUCGAAUUUUAAACAAAUUAAUCGAACGAUUUACCUGUACCAACGAACGGAACAACGGAUGUUGAGGAUUCAAUUACGAGACGCGAUUAAUUGAAAUAACGGGAAACGCGGCUUACGUGGAAAAUGAGGGAAUGCUGAAAAUAUGUAUUCCAUCGGAACGAAAGCUCGUUAAUUGAAAGCAUCGUUUCCGCAAAUCGGAUCGAGAAUAAUAGCUCUCCAAGUCCACGGUUUGCUAUUCGCAGUUUUCACGAAUUUUCUGCGAACAAACACGCGCCACACCCGUAUCGCGUCACGUUCGUUCGUUCGUUCUCUUGAUUUCCCUUUUUCGCUGCAAGCUUUGGGGAAAAAAACACAAUAACGCUUGUCAGCGAGAAAUUUUCAAGCGGCUCAUCAAUCGAAACCCGUCGAGAUUUUUUCAGGAAACAGACGGUACCCGUUUCGACAAUUUCCGACUAAGGAUUCCGAUGAAAAAUCGUGAUAAUGUUCGAAGCAAGAACCGUUUAUCGAGAAAAUCCGGACAAAGUCGAAUCGAAAGGGCGUCUGAUCGCAUUUUCCAUUUAGCGGAAAAUGAUCCCAGCCGUUUAAUCCGUGAAAUCGGUUCGGGUUAACGAGAUAUCGGCGAGUCCCUUCCCUUUUCGCACGAGUACGCCGACAAGAACUUCUGGAAAUUGAUUCUCAGCUCAAGCUUCGGGGCCAACAGGUGCGAUUAUCGCUCGGGGUGCUCGUAAUUUCCAACUCGCGAAACUUUCAGCUGCCUAUAUGCCCGUGGUUCUCGACUAGACGACCGAAAUCCAAUCUCUCCUCUCCGAUUUUUCCUUAAUAAUCAUCCGUAUUAAUUGCCGUAUUCGAUACGUAUCUUUGCCUCUUGUUUUCUCGAUCAAAAACGAGGAACUUUCCGAAUAACUCAAACGAACAGAGUAUUUAACCCGGUCCGUUAAAUAUAUAGGUAUAUGUACGGUAUAUCGUUAAUGGUCGCCAUCGAGGAAACUUAUAAGCCCUUAUGAACUUUCGGCAAGUUCGAAAAGUUGGCUCCAGGAUUCAUCGAAGGCUCGGAGAAGAAAGAACAAAUUAACGGAGAAGGAAAAAGGACCAAGGACUUUAUGCAUUGUUACGAUAUUAUAAUAAAUCGUACAUUUUCCCAGCAAACGAGUAAAUCCUACGUUACGCGAUUUCUACAGCUGCUUAACGAGUUUUAGCUUACGCAAAUUCGUUCUGUUUACGACGAUAAGGGAGCAGAGUUAAUUGGCGAUUAUAACAAGUGAUACCGUGAAAUAUACACGGAACGUAUAUUCUCGUAACAAUUAACAAACUCGUUCGUUCAAAUCUAUCGGGAGAAUUGAUGUUAAUUAAUUUCGUGAAACAAAGCGUUGAUGGAAGAGAAUUGUUGGAUGAUCGAGAUAUUUUACCGAAUCGAUCGGAAGUCCGAAGGAAGCAAGGUUCGUGAUCAUCGUAGGGCAACUUGGAUCUUGGAUCUUGGAAAUUCAAGCGGAAGAGCAAUUAGACCCUAGGGACAAGGGAAAGGCGAAUCGUAAAUCUCGAAUGCUCCCGAUUCCCUCUGUCGAACAUUUCUUUCAGUUUAACUUUGAAACCUUUCUUUUCUCGGCCGGCUACAAAUACCUCUUAUUCGAUUCUUUCAUUCCGUUUUUCUUCUACCAGAGUACGGUUGUUCGUCAAGAAAAGUCACGUAUCGUUCCGAUCGCGUUACAUCGUCGUCUUACUUCGUCGUCGAAAGAGAAAUAAUCCCAAAAGUGAUAAAAUUGUUAUUUAUGAGACAUCUGUGACUCAUUUUUUAUUCUUUUCCUCUUCUUUUAUCACGGAACGGGAUAUUUCUUGCGGUAGCAUACUGAAGGAGAGAAUUGUACGAGCGUGGAAUUUCAAUGCUCGAUACCUACCGCAGAUAGUUUUGAUAAAUUUACAUAUUUGAAUCGUAAAUUCCCGCGAAACAUAAAUUCUCCAGUGUUUUUUUUUUCUACCGUUAAACGACGAGAAACAGCCGGCAGAAGAACAGAAUCGCGAGAAAAAUAAUCGCUGAAAUUUAUCGACCUCUGAACGGAUUAAUCCCGAGCCCUUAAUUAAAUAAUUAUUUAGAAAGAAUGCAAGAAUAGUCUCCGACAAGGGUAAUAAAAAUCUUUCCUUCUGCAUAUGCAUGCGUUCUACUACGUUCGGAAAAUCAAUGCAACCGAGUGGCAAGCUUUUCCUUUUCUCUUUCCAACCGGACAGUCGAGAAAAUACACGACCACCUUGAAAGCGAAGUCGGGACAAGUGGAUUUGAACUUGUCAUCGUCAAAUCACGUCGAAGAACAUUUGCUAUCCUUUAUCGAUCAGCGAAUCGAUAUUAAAUGACGUCAAUUUAUAGACAGAAAGUUUGGAGAAAAGGAAAGAGAUCGACUGACGGUUAAAAGUGUGAAACUCGAAUGUGACGGAAGGGAAAUAACAGGUGUUGUCGGAAUUUCUUUCUCGUUAACCCUUUUCCUAGCAAGCGUACUCGUCGCAAGUUGUAACAACAUAAUUUCUUGUUUCGUUUGUUUACCGUUAAAAAGGCAAGUUGUAAGAAAGAUAUUGGUUCGAGUAGGUAUCCGAAGGUUUUACCCAGCCACCCUUCAUCUCGAUAUUUUUACGUGUCUUCGAGAUGGGAUAGAACGGCUUGACAGACAACGCGUUCAGGCAGAAGUAAAGAGCCUGUAAACCCAACGUCAUUUUCGUCCGUCUGUAGUAUCGAUUCUCCGUGAAUACGAAUCUCGAGAGUAUUCCCGGUGUAUCUACAGCUUUUGCCGUGAAAUAUCGGGAAAAUAUCGGCAGAAAAUAGAAGUAUCCGCGUAAUGUACGUGCGCGUUACAGUAUGCCCCGUUCUUCAGUCAGAAACCCGUGGUACAUUUUUAGACGAGCGAUAGACUUUACGCUGCGACGCUUUCCAAGAAAAAGAACGCGUAAGAAGGAAAAUGGAGCGACGAAUAACCUGACAGACGGGGAAGAAGAUCUGCCUGAAGACGCUUUCUCGCUGUUGUCGGUGCUUCUAGUUGGAUUUCUCUUCCUGAUCUUGAUAUUUUUAUCCGUCGCGGGGAACAUUCUGGUCUGCGUGGCGAUUUACACGGACCGCGGGUUACGGAGGAUAGGAAACCUCUUCCUGGCCUCCCUCGCGAUCGCCGAUCUAUUCGUCGGUUGUCUGGUUAUGACGUUCGCCGGUGUGAACGAUCUACUCGGCUAUUGGGUAUUUGGUCCGCGAUUCUGCGACACAUGGAUCGCAUUCGACGUUAUGUGCAGCACUGCCUCCAUUCUGAACCUUUGCGCAAUCUCCCUCGAUCGUUACAUUCACAUCAAGGAUCCUCUCAGAUACGGUCGUUGGGUAACGAGAAGAGUCGCGGUAGCUGGGAUAGCUAUCGUCUGGUUGCUCGCUGGACUCAUAUCCUUCGUACCGAUCAGCCUAGGCCUUCACCGUGCAGACGAACCCGUAAUCUAUGACGACGGUAAAGAGGAACACCCUACGUGCGCCUUAGACCUUACACCCACCUACGCGGUAGUCUCUUCUUCCAUAUCUUUUUACGUGCCCUGCAUCGUAAUGCUAGGGAUUUAUUGCAGGCUCUACUGCUACGCACAGAAACACGUGAAAAGCAUCCGUGCAGUAACGAAACUGCCAGAUACCUCGAUGGCCAAGAGUUUUCGCGCGAAGAGUACACGGAACAAGCCGCCGAAACCGCAAACGAAAACGAAGCCGACCAGUCCCUAUCACGUGUCCGAUCACAAAGCCGCCAUUACAGUUGGCGUCAUUAUGGGUGUUUUCUUAAUAUGCUGGGUACCCUUUUUCUGCGUAAAUAUCGUCGCCGCAUAUUGCAAAACCUGCAUAUCAGUUCGAGCAUUCCAAGUACUCACUUGGCUCGGCUACAGCAACUCGGCCUUCAACCCGAUCAUCUACAGCAUCUUCAACACAGAGUUCCGGGAAGCGUUCAAGAGAAUCCUGACGAGGGGUGCACGUAGUCGGGGAAAUCAACCGUCGACCAGCGAAUGUGGUGAAUUCCGUUCUGUAGUCGUACAAAAACGAAACGGGUCUAUGAUCGAAUGUAAUAUUAGCCCGAGAUCAAGCGCGGACAGUUGUCAAGUUGGAAUAAUGGCGCAAAGACACCGCGAUACUAUAGUCAGCGCGAUAUAAAUCGAUCCGAGUCUACCCCUCGGAUAUAUCGAUCUUCCUAUCGAACGCUACUUGCGCGCCGAUACGUAGUGGCGCGGCAAUCGUAUUUUUUGAAAUCACGCGAUCAACUACGGUUCACGAUUUUCUAUCGCGAUUAUUCACCCCUUUAUCAGUCGCUUUAAAAUAUAAAUAAAAUCGUGAGUAAAAUCGAACGACACUUGGUCUUUCCAGUCGUUGGUUUCGAAGGGAAACAGAAGAGAAAAGAAAAUUAACGUAAAGACAAUCACCGGAAGGUAGUUCGAGACAUAUCCCUGAGACAUAAUCGAUCUAUGAUAAAACAACAAAAAAAAAAAAAGAAGGUAAUCUAAAAAUCGAACAGGAAAAAAUAUCAAUUUGAAAAGCAAAAAAGAAGAAAUUCGUGUGUAGAAAGAUUUGAGUAUAGUACUUAGAAUACGUUCUCGUAAAGCAAUUGUAAUUAUUGAAAUCGUGUUGAUAGCGCAAUCUACGAUGUAAAAGUGAAUAUUAUACGAAGCACUAAUAGUAACGUCUGUCGAAUCGUAGCUUAUUAGUAUUAGGGUCGCGGUGGAACCCGCACAAAUUCAUUUUCCAUCUUGUACAUAAUCAUUUAUUUAUUUUUCUAUUUGACGGGACACCAAGACGUGAUCCACCUACCUUUGCAUUUUAAACGAUUUUUCGUUUAGGUGCUAACGUGUCGCAAAACUCGUCGUGCAACCCGUCGAAUCUAACUCGAAUCUGCGUCGUAUAUCCAAACGAAGAAAAUCCUCGCAAAACGAGGAUCAACCGAUGCUCGUUGAGCUUCUUCCAUACAUCUAUAUCUACGAUGCAAAGUACAUUGUAUUCCGACGACAGAGAAAUAGGAGGAAGAAAAUGAAUCUCUUUUGUCGGAAUAACACGUGUACGAUGUUGAUGUAUACUAACGAUAUAUUUGAAUGACCGUUUUCUGUAAAUAUAUUAGCGUAAGACUUC